UCUCCUCCAUCGUUCGCGGUGAGAUCUCUCUCGUCGACGGAGACCGAGCCUUGUCCCCUACUUCCCUCGCCGUCCGCCUGUGGCGCUGCGCUCUCGGCCGUGGUCGGGAUAAGUCGGCAGAACGAGACGAUGUACGUUCGAGGGAGGGAACGGAGCGUGGAGAUAGUCGACGAGGACGCUGGGUGGUGAGUGCCACCGUAACCGGGUCCUCCUCAGGGGUCCUACCGUCAGGACCACGGACAAUUUUCUCAUUUUUUCCCUUCCCGUUUCACGCGUUCUACCGCGAAAAAAAGGGGAGAACAAGAAGAGAGAAGGACAGAUCGAUAGAACCGGCGGCAGCGGCGGCCAGUGUGCUUUUGCUUGCUCUCGCCUGUGCUUCGUCUCCACGCGGGGAAUCGAGAGCACACACCGGGGUGCGGCCGACGAUGGUGAAGGCCCCGACCAUGGGUCCCUCGACCGGCACCCAGGGGAUCAGGAAGAUUCACCCUGGGCCCGAAAUCGCGAUGAAUCCGAGGAAUCUGCCGACCGCGAACGCAACUACACCUCCCAGCAUCCGAACAGAUGGCAAGACCACCUCUAUCUAUCAUCCUCAGGUGGACGUCUCGACCCAGGUGGAUCUGCAAGCCGGUUUCGUGGCGCCAGCGGACAGUAUCAGCAUCGACUGGGAUCGUAGAGCGACCCCCCUUUACUCUCGAGAGGACAUCAAAGAACAGUAUUGCAUAACCAGCCGGCAAUUGGACGCGGUCGAGAAGUCUGGGGGUGGGUUCUUCGGCUGCCUGUCGACCAGGGGCCCGUCGCCGUGCGCCUCUGCUAGAACCUCGAUCCUCUCCGCCUGCGUGAGGAGCGUGCCCAGCGAUGAGAACCUCUGCGACGCCCCCUACCCCCGCCGAUCCCUCCAGAUCAUGUAUCGUCAACCUUACCCGACCUACUCGAGGGGUUUCUCUCGUUACGAUUUGGAGGACGAGGCUGACUGGAUCGAGAGUUCCUACUUCAGGCGCAGACCGAGAUCCUUCUGCACCGUGCCCGAUCCGAAAAGAUACACGUGGCUUCCAGAGGACGAGGAGUCGACGAAGUUGGAGGGUCCUCGGCCGGUGUUGCCCCCGGCGCCGCCCCCGCCCGCGAUGCAUCCGUACGCCGCUAACGAGCCCCGAGUUAUUGUCCUAGAGAAGCCACCGAAGCGCGGCACGAUGAAAACCCAGGCGACUCAGACCGAGAUCCCUGCCGUGUUCCGUGCCCGUGUGCCCGUCACCCUCAGCCCGAGGACGAUACACCGCGUGAAGAUGGUCUCGCAGGGGGCGCAGACCAACGGCCUGUUCAACGGCAGGAAGUUGACCAAGAGUUACUCGGAGGCAGGCCAGCUGGGCACGCCUUUGGGUCAAGCAGGUGUUGCGGGGAAGGACGGCGAGGAGCACCACGAGCCCCUUCACAGGACGCAGAGCGAGGAACCACCGAGGUCGCCCUUCCUCGUCGACACGCCACCCCCCCAGGGACACAUCGUGGAGGAGCCGUUGACCAACGGGGACCUUUCGGAACCUAUCAUGACCGUCUCCCAGGGUCGGCGAAGAUCGUACGAGUUGGACGACCAAGAGAUUCUCAUCGACUUUAAACCAGCGCCCGUGUCGCCGGACGCCCGCGCCCUUUUGAACCGGAUGUCCCAGACGGGAAAGAGGUUCCUCCCGUUGCAGAAGACGCUGUCGGACGGGGAGAUCCGGGUCGAGAGACGCGAAUUGAUCGGGGAAGCCGGUGAACCGAGUUAUCCGCACACGUGCAGGAGGAAUCACCAGGACCCCUGGGGGAGGACCGUCAGAGCACCCGUCCAAUUCUCCUCCACGCCCGAGGAUCUGUCCUUGCUCAGGGUCGCUUCGCCCCAAGAGGAUCAUCCCGAGGAGGAGUUUCACGAGAAUCUCAUCAGGCGAGGACUGUUCCGCAAAAGGAGCGUAUCGUUGGAAGAUGGCGUGCAAGGAUUGGCAUCCGACGAUUUUAUGCUACCCAGAUCGCUCCCCACGUCCCCUACAUCGCCGACAGCGGUAUCAGCGCCACGAAGGAUUUUACAAAGUCCGAAGGACUACGAGUCGCCGACACGUCCGUUGCGGCAAACCGGGCAAAUUUGCCCGUUACUUUUCGGCCCUGGAACCGGGAUAUCCGGUAUGAUCACAUCUCCGUUCGCAUCGAGCGAUUCGUUAACGAACGACGUCACGAGGGACCACAGCGACGGAAUUUGGAACGAGUCUCAGGCGACCGUGCUCCAGGCAGACUCGUUGGCCCUUUUGACACCGUCCUCGAGGAGAAGGCACCUACUGCUUCUCCAGCAUCAGCAACGUUCCUCGAUGGACACGGAGGCGCUCGAUAUCGAAGAGACGAUGGAAUCGCGCCCAUCGAGUCCAAGGAUACGCCUCGAGGCUGCCACGCCUAUCCAACCGUUAACGCCAAGGCAAUUACUUCUCAGCGUCGAAUCGUGCGUCACGUCGAUGAACGGAAGGCCGAGAGGCGGAUUCCGUCGUCCAAGCCCCGGGCCCCCCUUGUCCCAGCCCCAGUCGCAAUCCUCGAGCGAGUUCGGGCUGAGCCUGGCGCGGACCGACUCGGGCGGUCGGACCAAUACGGACCUGUCCGAAACCUCGACCACCGAGGACUACGUCACUGCCAACACCUCGACCGAGACCGGGACCACUACGGGCACUUCCGCAACGACCAGCUCCUGGUCGAGGCCCCCGCAGACGUCGAGCGCAGCGGCCUCGGCCUCGGCGACAGCCACUGCCGCGGAGGGUAGCUCGUUCGAGAGCGCCAGCUCCAUUUACAGCCUGGCUCGCAGCGAGGCCGUCGUUGAAGAGCCAUGCAGCCCGCCACCGAUAUUGGAGGAAACGGAAAUUCCAUUUGGAUUGGAGGUACCCCCGUCACCAGCCAGGUCCACGAGCAGCAGCAGUUCGGGCAGUUACGACCUGAAAGACGCGAUGACAGAUCCGGGUCAGGAGGUUGAGCAGCAAACGGCACCGCCGAGCGGACACACCUCCGAGACGGAGCUGGAUCAUGACGAAGGCCACCGCUCCUCUUCGGGCGGUUACGCCGAGUCUCCGCCGGAUCUGCGCGGUUGGACCGAGGAGGAGAGGCGCAGACGAAGGAAGACGUUCUCCCUCGACUUUCUGGGAAGCGGCGCGGGCGUGGAACGGAGCGCGGAUUCGUACGGGGACAGCGUUGAGUUGAGUCCAACGCCUAGCCAUCGUCACAGGCCGAGGGGGAAAUCGACGAGCGCGAGAAGCCCGCACAAGAACAACAGGAAGCGGGACGCGACGAUAUCCGUGCAACAAUCGGCGCAACAGCAGGCGCAGCAACAGCAACAGCAACAAAUUAGCAGGAGCCCACAGAAGGAGGAUUGGCGCGUGGAACAAGGGGAGGAUGGCGGCCAUGUGCCCACCUCGGACGAUUCCAGCUGCAGCCACCACUAUCACAUGCACCAUCACCAUCAUCAUCACCUGCACCGCGAGGGAGCCGAUGGAAGGCACAGGAGGACGAGGGAGAGUCCGAGGAGGAAGACCACUGGUUAUGUUUCUACCAGGAGAAGGAGUAACGAGUGGGAUUUUCCAGACAAGAACGCGGCCAUAACGGGGAGCCUGCCACGAAGGAGGUCGCGAGCGGCGGACGACAUAAUGUGCUCGAGGUUGAGCCCGGGCCGUUAUCAACGAAGUCCGGGGCACAACGGGCAAAGGGCGGUGAUUGUCGAGUCCCAGAGCCCCGAGGCCAGAUUAAAGGCUCUUUCAGCGGAAUCGUUGAGGUCUGUCAGCCCUGGGAGCGACAGUGUUUUCUACAGCGAGGGGGCGGACCAAUGCUUGACCAUCGGCGCCCUUGACGCCCCCCAUUGCCACCACUGCGGCAGAGAGGUCUCGGAAGAGAUCGUUCGACCGCCGGCAGGUUUCGCGGACUCCCCCGAAGGGCACAGAUCCUCCACGUCGAAGCACGUGCCCGGCCACCGUCUCUACAAGAAGUUCGACAAGAGGUACCGGUCGGAGGAUCGUGGGGACAGGCGGCACAGGCGCAGCAGCGCGGGCAGAUCGGACGUCAGGGCGAAAUCGGAGCUUCACGCGAGGAGCACCGAUGUCAGCUUGGAGAUCCUUACUGGUCGAGAGGACGAGGACACGUACGUGGAGCCGUACACGAGCAGCGAGUGGAUUUACAUCGGCGAUUUCGAGGAGAGCCACGUGUGGAAGAGGCCGGACGGCAGGGAAACGGACGACGAAGUUGGGGAGAGCGUGGCGAAGGAGAGGAGGGGCUCGCAAGAGUCGACCGAGAGCGAGAGAAACUUCAGGAAAAAGUAUCAGGCGACGACUCAGAGGAUAGUGCACCGAAAGAUCAGCGGGGAGAUGUAUAAGAGGAUACAGACCAAGUGUUUCGAUGAGUUAUUUUAUUUUCGUCGUUCCGUCUACCUGUACGAGGUGAUAAUAUAUUUAUGGGACACCUUUGGAGGAUUCCAGAUCAACGUAAAAGUUGGUAUACAAACUUAUUCAUAAAGUUACACAAUAAAAUAUCGAUAUCUCUAUAACAUAGUUAGAAAUUAUAUUAUAUCUUAA